UUGGCACAUCAGCGAUGGGUGACCGUGUUCUCUAUCCCCAACUCUGUCCGAGCCGUGUACCUUGUUAUUGGCUCUCUGAUUGGUUUGGAGAAAAACAACUUCUUCAACAUUCUCUACACAAAGAACGUGUCCUUGGAGGAGUUUGAGCGCUUGCAGACACUGCAGACAAACAAUCUAAUCAAACUGCUUCAAGGACCCUGGCUGGAAGAAAUCACCCACAAGCUACGAAUGUCGUUUGACAACGUGGGCAAAGGCUGGUUCAACAUUAACGAACGCAGCCGGGAGAUAUACGACAUCUCAAAGAUGUCGAGGUUCAUGAUGAUGGUCAAACUGCGAAUGCAAGGUGCUUUACGCAACCUGGUGUUAUCGUCAGCACAAUCGUACGUCUCGUUGGUAGAAACUCCUUGCCUUUGUACGCUCGGUGUUUCGUCAGACUUUGUCUGGGGCUCGGACCUCGUAGAGACGCAGUUCAAACCUUCUGCGGCUCCGAUAUUCACGUUGAAACUCAACGUCAACGAGGCGGGAGCAUUCUACAGCACAGAUCCAGCUAUGUUUGAGAAAACCACGGGGAAGUUGUUUGACAACGCAGUGAUAUCUUCUCACAAGAUCCCCCAGGUUGAGCCAAUGCUGAUGGAACAUCUCAAGUAUGCAGAAGAUCUGUACCUCUCCUCCGUCGGACUGCAAGAAACGGUGAUGCAGCCUCUGCGGGAACGAUUGCUCGUAGCAGUUCGUUCUGCUGUCGUUCCCCUCGUGGCUUACUGCCGAGAAUACGAUAGACAUGCUGCUCUCUACUCCUUGGAUGUUGAUGAAUACAUAGAGAAAUACAAGGAAGAGAACCACCCAGUUCACGAGGUGAAGGAAGAGGUCGCACUGCACUUGAGACUUAAGGCCAAUUUGGUAGCGACCAUUCCGGCUGUCAUCGUGAUCGGACCGUUUAUCGUCCAAGUGGACAACCUGCGUCAGUUCCUCAUCAACAAGCGACAAGAGAUUGCCACCAAACUUCUCAACGCCUUCGCUCAACGAAUGAAAGAGUUGUUGGAGAAUGUGAUGGAAGAAUACAAGACGAUUUACCGUCGGCUGUGUGAGAAACCGGCAACAAUAGAACUGCUGGUGGAGAUGCGAGAAUGGAUGGAGACGAUUCCUCUCACUGUACGAGGACUUGACGACACAGCAAGACGUUAUCUGCUGGAGUACGACCUGCUGGACUCCUUCUGGUUUGCUUUGGACCAGGAAGAAUUUGAGGCCAAAUGGGAGGCGCUGAGCUGGCCUAACCGAUUGACGCUCAAAAUAGAAGAGGUAGAACGUCAACUGGAACUGGAGACGGAGAUCUUCCAGAAAUUGCAGAUAGAGGAUGAAUUUACCUUACAGGACAGAAUAGAGUUGAUAACCGGAACCAUAACACAACUAGCUCAGCAGAGCGACUUCUCCAAGGUUCAUGAGAUAGCCGUGGACGUCAGAAGAGCUUGGAAACUAAUCAAAGAAACUCAAGAGUUCGGACAGUUGUUGAACUCGAGGCAGAAAUUGUUCGGCAUGCCUGUAACUCCUUUCGACCAAAUUAGGAAACUCUCCAACGAGUUUGAACCUUAUAAAAACUUGUGGACGACAGCCUCUGACUGGCUGAAGUCUUACCAGAUAUACAUGGAUAAUCCAUUGGUGAACUUGGACGGAGAAGCGAUGGAAAGGAACGUCUCUGAAUCCUACAAGAUCAUUAGCAAAUGUUAUCGCACAUUUGUAGAAAUGCCAGUUGUUCAAGAAAUCGCUUGUAGAGUAAAAGAAGAAAUCGACCAGUUUAAGCCGUACAUGCCGUUGAUUUUGGCUGUGAGGAACCCGGGCAUGCGACAACGACACUGGGAGGAUCUUACAGAGAAAACUGGUAUUAAGAUUAAAAUGACAUCGUUGACGACGUUCAACAACUGUCUGUCGCUGGGCCUGAUGGAUCACACGGACGUUGCGGUAAAGUUGAGUGAAGAAGCAGCUAAGGAGUAUGUGAUUGAGCAGGCGUUGGACAAAAUGGAGGCUGAGUGGGAAUCGGUCAAUUUGGACGUAUCUCCGUACAAGGCCACUGGUACAUACAUAAUGAAGGUGACGGAUGACAUGGUGCAGAUGCUAGACGACCACAUUGUAGCUACUCAGCAACUAUCCUUCAGUCCCUUCAAGGGAGCCUUCGAGGAGCGUCUGGCAGAGUGGGAGGACAAACUGCGUCUCACACAGCAAGUCAUCGAGGAAUGGUCCGAGUGCCAGAAAACAUGGAUGUACCUCGAGCCGAUUUUCAAAAGUGAAGACAUUAAGAACCAACUGCCUCUCGAGAGUAAGAAAUUCAAUACAAUGGAACGAGCGUGGAGGAGAACGAUGAAGCUAGCCUUUGAAACACCAAAGAUAAUGUCUUUCUGCCCAGACAAGCGCCUCCUAGAUCUACUAAAGGAUAACAACAAGCUGCUGGAUAUGGUGUACAAAGGACUCUCAGAUUACCUGGAGACCAAGAGGUCCAGCUUCCCUAGGUUUUAUUUCCUCAGCGAUGACGAACUUCUCGAGAUAUUGUCGCAAGGCCGUAACCCACUUGCUGUUCAGCCUCAUCUACGCAAGUGUUUCGAGAACAUCGCAAAGCUUCACUUUGAGCCAGAUCUGAGGAUCACAAAGAUGUUCUCGGCAGAAGGAGAAUGCGUAGACCUCAUACCUGACAUGUACCCGACAGGAAUGGUGGAAGCUUGGCUGCUCAAAGUGGAGCAAGUGAUGAGGAACACCCUUUGCGCUACGCUGGAAAAGGCGCUGAACACCAUAGAACACCAGGAGAGGUCUCGGUGGGUGCUGGAAUGGCCUGGACAGCUCGUCAUCGCCGGAUGUCAAACGUACUGGUCAGCUCACGUAGAGGAGGGAAUACACACGCACACGUUGGAGGCGUACUAUCAGGAGAUGUUGGCCCAGUUGGAUGGACUCAGAGGCCUAGUGAGAGGUAAACUAACCAGGAUACAACGUCAGGUGUUGUCUGCGUUGAUUGUCAUUGAGGUUCACGCCAGAGACGUUCUGUUCAACCUCGUCCAACUCAAUGUGCAGAAUGUCAACGAGUUCGACUGGAUCAGCCAACUCAGAUAUUACUGGGUGGAAGGUAACCUGAAGGUCCGUGCCGUCAACGCAGAGUUCCCUUACGGUUACGAGUACCUCGGUAACAGCGGUCGGCUCGUGAUAACUCCGCUAACGGACAGAUGUUACCUCACGCUGACGGGGGCGUUGCAUCUCAAGUUUGGGGGAGCCCCGGCCGGCCCCGCGGGGACUGGCAAGACUGAGACGACCAAGGACCUGGCGAAGGCGUUUGCCAUCCAAUGCGUCGUGUUCAACUGUUCUGACCAACUGGAUUUUAUGGCCAUGGGGAAGUUCUUCAAGGGAUUGGCUAGUUCAGGAGCGUGGGCGUGUUUCGACGAGUUCAACAGGAUUGACAUAGAAGUGUUGUCGGUCGUCGCGCAACAGAUCACAACCAUACAGAAGGCACAACAAGCAAGAGCAGAGCGGUUCAUGUUUGAAGGCGCUGAGGUGGCUUUGAAGCCAUCUUGUGCGGUUUUCAUCACGAUGAACCCCGGUUACGCCGGACGUACCGAGCUUCCUGAUAACCUGAAGGCGUUGUUCCGCCCAGUCGCUAUGAUGGUGCCAAACUACGCUCUGAUCGCCGAAAUCUCACUCUUCUCCUUCGGCUUUGGCAAUGCUAAAGAACUCGCCAACAAGAUCACAACUACGUUCAAACUGAGCUCUGAACAACUUAGUAGUCAAGACCAUUACGAUUUUGGUAUGCGAGCAGUGAAGACGGUGAUUUCUGUUGCGGGUAACCUGAAAAGAGAAAACCCGACAAUGGAUGAUCGGCAAAUAGUGUUACGAGCUCUCCGUGAUGUCAAUGUUCCCAAGUUCCUUAGGGACGAUCUUAAACUCUUUAACGGUAUUGUCAGUGAUUUGUUCCCCCGAAUGGUGGAGCAGCCGGUAGACUACGGUGAGCUGGAAAAAUCUAUCCGAGCCGUUACAGUUCAGUUCGGACUGGAGGAUGUAGAUGAUUAUGUGAGGAAGGUUAUACAACUAUUUGAGACGACUGUGGUGAGACACGGACUCAUGUUAGUUGGUCCUACAGGCUCCGGAAAAACUAAGUGCUAUGAGAUACUAAAGGAUGCAUUGACUGCGCUGAAGGGGCAGCCUUCACCUACUGGGUCACCCUUCGAGUCUGUUCACACUUCGGUUCUCAACCCUAAGUCCAUCACCAUGGGACAGUUGUAUGGAGAGUUCGACGCACUCACUCAUGAGUGGACCGAUGGUAUUCUGCCGUCCUUGGUCCGGGUGGGCGUGGCGUGUCCGGACCAAGACAAAUUCUGGUACGUGUUUGACGGCCCCGUGGACGCUGUGUGGAUCGAGAACAUGAACACUGUAUUGGACGACAACAAGAAGCUUUGUUUGACCAGCGGAGAGAUCAUCAAACUCACCGAUAACCAAACUAUGAUGUUUGAGGUAGCAGAUCUAGCCGUUGCGUCGCCAGCCACUGUCAGCCGCUGCGGGAUGGUGUACCUCGAGCCCUCCGUCCUCGGACUUCAACCCUUCUUCAAUUGUUGGCUUCAACGGCUGCCCAAGUUAGGAGAGUCGCUAGAACCGUUGUAUCGAGAGCUGUUUUCUCUGUAUCUUCUGCCUGCACUCCGCUUUCUGCGUAGUCACAUGGUUGAGAUGGUGCCUUCCGUUGACUCUGCGCUUGUUCAAUCCUGUCUCCGUCUCCUCGACUGUUUCAUGCUUCCUCUGACCUGUCCUGGCGGAAAACCUCCUCCGUCCCCUGCCUUUCUCAACCUACUGCCGGAGCUGGUAUCAGCUUGGGUUGUGUAUGCCGUUAUCUGGAGUGUCGGAGCCACUUGCGACCACUCGUCUCGGGAACUCUUCUCCUCUUGGAUGCGGAAAACAAUGAAGGAAGAUAUUCAGAUGAAGCCGCUGUUUCCCGGAGAAAAUCUAGUUUACGAUUACAGGUUACAUGACGGUGGUUUCACUGGAGGCACGGACACUGGAGAACCAUCUAGUCCACGCUGGAUACAUUGGAUGGAUGGAUUAGAAACCUAUGUUAUAACUGCAGACAUGAAGUAUUCAGACAUAGAAGUACCGACAAUAGACAAUGUGCGUAACGCCCACCUGAUGGGAACGCUGCUGUCCAACGAAGCCAACGUGUUGUGUAUCGGUCCAACAGGAACAGGCAAGACUGUUACUGUUAUGUCCAAACUGAGCCGCAACAUGCCCAAACAGUUUCUCUCCGACUUCAUCAACUUUUCAGCACGGACAUCGGCCAACCAGACGCAAGAUCUGAUAGACUCCAAGCUAGACCGGCGCAGGAAAGGAGUGUUUGGUCCUCCGGUGCUCAAACGGUUGGUUCUGUUCAUUGACGACCUCAACAUGCCGGCGCUAGAGACAUACGGCGCUCAACCACCCAUAGAACUUAUACGCCAGAGGAUGGACUUUAGAGGCUGGUAUGAUCGUAAGAGCAUCGGAGAGUUCCGUUUGAUUGUUGACGUCAACUUUGUCUGCGCGAUGGGUCCUCCAGGAGGUGGUCGCAACCCUGUCACUGCGAGACUGCUGCGACACUUCAACUACCUCGCUUUUCCCGAGAUGCAAGAUGACAGCAAGCGUUGCAUCUUCGGGACGAUCUUGCGGUGGUGGCUGGACCAGACCCAGGGUCAGACCCAUCUACUGGAGCCUACUCUGGCCGCAACACUAGCUGUGUACAUUACGGUGGUUAGGGAACUGCUGCCGACCCCCGCCAAGACACAUUACACCUUCAACCUGCGAGACCUCAGCCAUGUGUUCCAGGGGAUGCUCAUGGUCGCCCCCGCCGAGAUACAGCGUGCAGAAGACCUUGUGCGGAUCUGGUAUCACGAGAACACCCGAGUGUUCCGAGACCGUCUGGUGAAUGACAAGGACAGAGAAUGGUUCUCGCAACUUCUGCGGGACACUGUAAAUUCUCAGUUUAAUCUGACAGCUGACCAAGUGCUGCAAACCGAGGAGGAACUGCUUUACGGUGACUUCAUGAACAAAGGCGCUGACGUGAAGUUGUAUCAGCGGAUUACCGAUAGCCAGAAGCUGUUCCUGACUCUACAAGACUACCUGCAGGACUACAACGACCAAAGCACGUCUCCCAUGAGACUGGUGUUGUUCAGCGACGCAGUAGCUCAUGUUUGUCGGAUCUCCAGGAUAAUACGGCAGCCUCAAGGCAACGCUCUGCUUCUCGGAAUGGGCGGAUCUGGAAGGCAAAGUUUGACGCGGCUGGCGACAUACAUGGCGGAGUCCACUUGUUUUCAGAUAGAACUGAGCAAAACUUACGGAAGUUCUGAGUGGAAGGAGGACAUCAAAGGACUCAUGCUGCGAGCUGGUCUUUACAACAAGGAAACUGUCUUUUUGUUUUCAGAUACUCAGAUAAAAAAAGAGUCAUUUCUGGAAGACCUGAACAACAUCCUGAACUCAGGGGAUGUCCCAAACAUCUACGCUCCGGAAGACUUGGACAAGAUCUACCAGACAAUGCGGGGGCCUGUGACUGAGGCGGGGCUGGCGGCUACCAAGUCUAAUCUCAUGUCUGCCUACCUCAAGUCUGUGCGAAGCAACCUGCAUUGCGUCAUCACUAUGAGCCCAAUUGGCGAGGUGUUCCGUGCGAGACUACGUCAAUUUCCUGCUUUAGUCAACUGCUGCACAAUCGACUGGUUCACUGCUUGGCCUGACUCUGCUUUACAGAGUGUAGCGGAGAGGUUCAUGGAAGAUUUGCCGCAACUGGAGGUGUCUAAGGAAGUGCAGGGGGGAAUCGUCCGCACCUUUCAAUACAUGCAUCAAAGUGUUGUCACUGCCAGCGAACUUUACCUGCAGGAGUUGUCCAGGUACAACUAUGUAACUCCGACAUCAUACCUGGAGUUGCUGCAGAGUUUUGCUACAAUGUUGACCAACCGAAAGGCAGAGAUGAUUCAGAGCAUUCUGCGUCUACAAACAGGUUUGGACUUCCUGUUGACUACUGCGCAGGACGUGAAGGUGAUGCAGGCAGAGUUGGAGACUAUGAAGCCGCAACUGUACUCAGCCCAGAUUGUAGCACAAGAGAUGUUGUCACAGAUACAAGCAGACCGGGAGAUCGCAGAAGAGACGAGACAGAAGGUCGAAGCUCAGGAGGUUGACGCGGCCAAGAUGGCGGAAGAAUGUCAAACCAUUGCAGACUCUGCCCAAGCUGACCUUGAGGAGGCAAUGCCGAUGUUGAAGGCUGCCGAGGACAGUCUGAAGGCCCUCAACAAGAACGACAUCUCCGAGGUGAGAGCCUUGAAGCGUCCUCCGGCCGGGGUUGUACUGGUGCUGGAAGUCAUUUGUAUCGUCAAGGACAUAAAACCCAACAAGGUGGCAGGAUCGCGACCGGGAGAGAAGGUCCUGGACUUCUGGGAGCCGGGACGGUUGAUGCUGGGAGAUCCCGGAGCCUUCUUGUCUUCCCUGGUCAACUUUGACAAAGAGAACAUGAGCGAGGCUCUCAUACAGAAGUUGGAACCUUACAUCAAGAAUCCCAACUUUCAGCCUGCGAAGAUCAUAACUGUGUCGAAAGCUUGCACAUCCCUGUGUAUGUGGGUUCACGCUAUCUACAAGUACUUCUUUGUGUACCAAGCCGUCGCUCCCAAGAAGGCUGCGUUGUCAGUGGCCACAGCCAAGCUACAGGCCACCGAGGCCGUCCUCGCAGUUGCCAAGGCCAAGAUGAAGGAGGUUAUGGACGGUUUGGCAAUUCUGGAGGAGAAACUUCAAGAAACGAUGGAUCGCAAGAACGAACUCGAGGCAAACUCAAAGCUGUGUGAGGACAGACUGAACCGAGCAUUCCGAUUGGUCAAUGGACUGUCGGACGAGAGAACUCGGUGGAUACAAACGAUCGAGGACAUCAAAGCCAACAUGGAGACCUUGGUCGGGGACAUUCUGAUAAGUGCAGGUUGCGUGGCGUACAUGGGUCCGUUCACAGACAAAUACCGCCGCCAACUGUUAGAGCAGUGGGUGCGAGUGGUGGCCACAGCGGGUGUCCCCCACACCCACGGGUGUACGCCCGUCACUACGCUGGGUCAGCCGGUGACUAUCAGACGUUGGCAGCUGGACGGACUACCUCGGGACACACUGUCUACGGAGAACGCAGUGCUUGUGUUCAAUUCCAACAGAUGGCCGCUAUUUAUAGACCCGCAGGGACAAGCCAAUCGCUGGGUUAAGAAUAUGGGUAAAUCGCAAGGCCUGACGAUUUGCAAGUUGAACGACAGAGACUUGAUGCGGUCACUGGAAGGCGCAGUCCGUCUCGGUAAACCGUUGUUGAUAGAGAACAUCGGCACCGAUCUGGACCCUGCACUCGACCCUAUACUGACUAGAGCGACCUUCGUACAGAACGGCCAAACAGUAGUUAAGCUGGGUGAUGUGGUCAUCCCAUUCAGCGCUCACUUCCGACUGUACCUGACGACCAGGCUGGCGAACCCUCACUACACACCCGAGGUGUCUGUCAAAGUGUUGCUGGUCAACUUCACGCUGGUGCCGAGUGGUCUGCAAGACCAACUACUAGGUCUAGUGGUGAUGCAGGAACGUCCUGACCUUGAGGAACUGAGAUCCAACAUAGUCACCAGCAGCGCUCAGAUGAAGGCAGAGUUGAAGGAGAUUGAAGACCGAAUCCUCGUCAAACUGACCACGUCCGAAGGCUCGCCUGUCGACAACAUCGAUCUGAUCCUCACCCUUGAGGCUUCCAAAGUCAAGACUGGCGAGAUCAAACAAAAAGUGGAAGCAGCUGAAAUCACCCAGUUAGACAUAGACAAGACGAGAGCCUUGUACAUCCCGGUGGCCAACCGUGGCCAGAUACUUUUCUUCUGUUUGGCCGAUCUGGCCAGUGUGGACCCGAUGUAUCAAUACUCGUUGGAGUGGUUCAUCAACAUCUUUGUCGGAAGCAUGAUCAACACUGAGAAGACCAGUGAUGUGGACGAGCGGAUAGCUGCCGUUAACGAUUACUUCACGUUCAGUCUGUUCUCCAACGUCUGCCGCAGCUUGUUUGAGAAGAACAAGUUACAGUUUGCGUUCUUACUGUGUGUUCGUAUCAUGCUCGACCAAGGACUCGUUGAUAACCAGGAGUGGAUGUUCUUUCUUUCUGGAGGAUCCCUGUUAAAAGAAGCCGUCAACCCAGCCCCAUCCUGGCUCUCCAGUCGCUCCUGGAGUGAGAUCUUAUCUCUUGAGAAUCUUCCUCGCUUCCAAAACUUUGUCCAGACGUUCCCCCAGCUCGUCACUCGCUACAAGCAAAUCUUCGACUCGUCCGAUCCUCAUCAGCAAGAACUCCCAGUAAGAGAACUAGACGAAUUUCAGAAGUUACUAGUAUUGAAAUGUUUAAGACCUGACAAGGUGACUCAGGCCAUGCAGCAUCUAGUGUCUGAAAGAUUAGGUCGUAAGUUCAUUGAGCCGCAAACAUCUGAUUUGGCGAUGGUGUACAAAGAGUCGUCACCCAACACUCCGUUAGUGUUUGUCCUUUCUACUGGGACGGAUCCAGCCGCUGACUUGUACAAGUUUGCUGAUAAGAUGAAGAUGAGCAAGAGACUGAUGUCCAUAUCUCUAGGGCAAGGACAAGGUCCGGUGGCGGAGAAGAUGUUUAAGGAGUCGAUGGAAAUGGGCAACUGGGUUUUCUUCCAGAACUGUCACCUAGCCCCCAGCUGGAUGCCCCGAUUGGAUCAUCUGGUAGAGUCGAUCAACUCGGACAAGUGUCACAAGGACUUCCGUGUGUGGCUCACCUCCUCACCGUCGUCUGCAUUCCCCGUGGCCAUCCUACAGAACGGCUGCAAGAUGACGGUCGAACCACCGAGAGGCAUCAAGGCUAACUUACUCCGAGCCUAUCUCAAUCAAGUGCCUCAGUUCCACGACUUUCUCAACUCGGAGAAUCCGAAAGUGCAGACGUUCAAGUGGAUGCUGUUUUCACUUUGUCUCUUCCACGGUGUCUGUUUGGAGCGACGUAAGUUUGGACCUCUUGGCUUCAACAUCCCGUACGAGUUUACCGACGGAGAUUUGCGCAUUUGUAUUUCCCAGCUUCACAUGUUUCUACUGGAGUACUCGGAUAUACCGUUCAAGGUCCUGGUGUACACUGCUGGUCAUAUCAACUACGGAGGUAGAGUCACCGACGACUGGGAUAGACGAUGCAUAAUGAACAUCUUGGCUGACUAUUACAACAUGGACGUCAUCUCAGCUGAUCAUAGCUUUGACAGCGACAGUGUUUACCAUCAGCUGCCUGAAGAAACGGAGAUGAUCAACUACCUCUCCUACAUCCGAGAACUUCCGGUCAACGACCACCCGGGAUUGUUUGGGCUGCAUGACAACGCAGACAUGUCCUGCGCGCAGGCCGCAACAUUCGCUGGCCUCGCAGUUCUGUUGUCACUACAGCCUAGGAUGGUCGGGGCAGCUGCGAGUAGUCAAGACGAAGUUACCAAACAACUUGCGGAAACUUUGCUGCAGCAAAUACCUCAACCCCGAGUCGACAUUGCGGCCAUACAAGAGAGGUACCCGGUGAUGUAUGAGGAGUCCCUCAACACUGUACUGGUCCAGGAAGUAGUGAGGUUCGACAAGUUGUUGAGUCUGAUACACUCAAGUCUGAAGGAUCUACUGAAGGCCAUAGAGGGGUUGGUGGUGAUGUCCGACGCCCUGGAGAAGAUGUCCAACAGUUUGUUCACCAACGUUGUCCCUUCUCAGUGGGCUGCUCUCGCUUAUCCUUCUCUCAAACCACUGGGUUCAUGGGUCUCGGAUCUGCAAGAACGGAUCCGUUUCCUGGGUAACUGGAUAGACCAUGGGAUUCCCCCUUGCUUUUGGAUCUCAGGGUUCUACUUCCCGCAAGCCUUUCUGACUGGCUGUCUGCAGAACUUUGCGAGGAAAUACGUCUUGGCCAUCGAUUCUAUUGACUACAGUUUUAAAGUAUUGAAAGAGAAACCGACCAAGCGGCCAGACGACGGUUGUGUCAUUUACGGUCUGUUUCUGGAGGGAGCGAGAUGGGAUUCGGACAAGUUUUGUCUCGACGAGUCUCGACCCAAGGAGCUGUAUACAGAGAUGAGCCCGAUCUGGCUACUGCCCGAAGUCGAUCACCAGCGCACGCCGGACGGUGUGUAUGAUGCACCGGUAUACAAGACACAGGUGCGCGCCGGCACUCUGUCUACGACAGGACACUCGACCAACUACGUACUCACUGUAGAACUGCCGACACAAUUGCGCUCGAAUCACUGGAUCAAACGCGGCGUUGCACUCAUCUGUGCACUCGACUUUUGAAUAAUUGAAUAUAUUUGUUUCUAUUUU